AUAACAAACCUCAUAUUCUGUCAGAUUAUGUUACCGAAGCCAGUGAAAAGAACACAUCCAUCAAAAUGAAAACAGUUAAAGCUAUUGUAUUUUUAAUUUGUUUUGAGUGCGUGUAUAGUUAUUUUACAUUACCAGGAAGAUGUCCUGAGAAUGUCGAAUUACAAGAUAAUUUUAUCCUAGAACAGUUCGAUAAAACCUGGUACCAGGCCUACCAUUAUUCUAGUGAUGGUCAACUUCUAAGCAAUUGUUCGACGGUGGAAUUAUUGUAUAAACCGACUGGGAUUUACGUUAAUAUUUCAAGGGUAGAUCUUGGUCUUUUCCACCGACAAAGUAUCGGCCAACUGAAGCUUGUUACACCCAAGAAUGGAGUUUCAUCUAAUUUUGAAUUAAGUUUCACAUUUGAAAAUGCACCUCGAAGAUUGAAAGUAAGAAGAUACCCAUACCAAGUUCUGGCAACUAACUACAAAUAUUAUGCGACUGUAUAUACCUGUCAGUAUAGUCCUCUGAUAAACAAACAUUUCAUUUAUGUAUGGAUCCUGUCCCGUAAUCCGACGCUAAAUGACGUAUCUAAGGACUUGGCUCUAAAACCUCUGAAACAACUUGGUAUCAACCAGAAUGACUUGGUAAAGGAAACUUGGUCGAAAUGUUCACCCAAAUAUUACGAAUCACAGAUCACCGAGCCUAGGACUUUCAGAUACUCUGUUCCAAUAUAAAUUAUUAGUAAAGAGUUUGAACAAAC